AUUGUAAAUUGUAACUCACGCUGUCUGCGCUUGCCAUAUGAAACAGUGUUUAAUGACUGUACCCGCACAUGAAAGAAAAUUUGACAAUUUGAUGCAAAGAACUUGUUCCUAUGAUUACGUUGAUGAUAACGAAUGUUCUCUAUCUCAUAUUUGAAAUCUUUUUAUAGGAAUGCUGAAGCACGCGAUGACGUAAUGCAACUCAUCAAAUAUAAUAUAAUUCUAUUACUAUAAUAUAAAAUGGCAACAUUUUGGUCAGGGAGACCUGGUUGGUUAGGGAAAGUAGGAAUAGCAUUAUUAGCUACAUGGCUUUUGGUACUAAUAAUAUCAGUAUCACAUAUCUUUAAGGCUAAUAAUUUAUCAUCCAAUAAUGAGAAAGAAAAUGCUCAACGUUUAGCUCAAAUGGUUAAUGAUUUUGAAAUCCUUAAGAGACAAAAUGAAGCAUUAAAAAAUAUAAUUUUAGGAGAAAGAUCAAAAUCUAUUCAAGGAGACCAUUUAGGUUCAAUACAAGAAAAACUUGAAAAAGUUUCUCUUUGUGAUGAUUUGUUGGAUCAUCAGGAUAAUAUUAAGCAUGGUGUCCCUUCUUCUGAAUAUGAAGAAUUAAGAAGAAUGAUAAGAAAUAAUAUUCAGGAGACAUGGUACUAUAUUAAUGCAGAACUAAGUAAAUUUAGGAAAACUAUUGAUAUACUUAAUUAUGAACAAAGAGAAAAGAAAAUACAGGACACAUUAAAAAAUGUUUGGGAUCAUAAAAGAUCUCUCAUAAUAGACAUUGACAAAUUAAUGAAAGCAGAUGGCUAUGAUGAAUGGCGUAAAAAGGAAGCGAAAGAAUUAUCUGAUCUUGUACAAAGAAGAUUCAGGCAUUUACAAAAUCCUAGUGAUUGCAAUAAAGCAAGAAAGUUGGUUUGCAGUUUAAACAAAGGUUGUGGAUUUGGAUGUCAGAUUCAUCAUAUUACAUAUUGUUUCUUAGUUGCUUAUGGUACAGAGCGAACAUUAAUAAUUAAAUCUAAAGGUUGGAGGUAUCACAAAGAUGGUUGGGAAUCAGUCUUUAAACCACUUAGCGAGACUUGUGUAUCUACAAUUGGAGCAUCACAUGCUAACUGGCCUGGUGACUCAACUAAACAAGUCAUUUCAUUGCCAAUCGUGGAUAAUGUUUAUCCAAAACCGAGGUUUCAACCACCAAGUGUACCAGCUGAUUUAGCUUCAAGGUUAGAGAAACUUCAUGGCCAUCCCUUAGUGUGGUGGGUAGGACAAGUUUUAAAGUAUUUAAUGCGACCUCAAGAACAUGUGAAAAGAACAUUAGAGAAUGCCAAGGAAAAACUGGGUUUCAAAAAACCUAUUGUUGGAGUUCACGUACGGAGGACGGAUAAAGUUGGUACUGAAGCUGCUUAUCACGAUAUAGACGAAUAUAUGGUUAAAGUUGAACAAUACUUCGACGAACUUGAACCAAAACCAGAAGUGAGAAGAGUUUUUCUAGCGAGCGAUGAUCCAAAAGUGAUCACAACGGCAAGAAAUCGUUAUUCAAAUUAUGAAAUAAUAGGAGAUCCAGAAAUAGCAGAGACAGCUUCAGUUGCAAAACGAUAUUCCGAUUCUUCUUUACAAGGAAUAAUUAUCGAUAUACAUCUCUUAUCCGAAUGCGACUAUUUGGUGUGCACAUUCAGUUCUCAAGUGUGCCGUGUAGCAUAUGAGUUAAUGCAAACAUAUUAUCCAGACGCUUAUAAUCGUUUCGCGUCAUUAGAUGAUAUUUACUAUUAUGGUGGUCAAAAUCCACAUCCUCAUCAAGCUAUUCUAGAUCAUAAGCCGAGAAAGGAGGGUGAAAUUGAAUUGAAAGUAGGAGAUUUAAUUGAAGUUUUUGGAAAUCAUUGGGACGGUUAUUCCAAAGGAUACAAUACUAGAACUAGUAUGACGGGAUUAUUUCCUAGUUUUAAAGUUAAAAAUCCAGUAGAUGCUGUAGAUUUUCCGAAAUAUCCGUAUGUCCCUUUACAAGAAAACAAGAACGAGUAGGCAUACUCUGAAUAUGUAGUGAUCUUGAAAACAUUCAGAUUGCUUGAAAAAAAAUAACUUGCCUUCAUAUUUAAAUUGUUAAAAACAGUAAAAAACUUCACAAACACGUAUAUAUUUUACUACUA